AUGUCAGCACCAAAUACAAAACAAAUUAAACUUGAUGAAGCUGAAAUGCAAAAAGCAUUUGAAGUAAUUGGUGAUGUUCAAAAUGAAAUUGAUCGUCUUAAUGAACAAGCCAGUGAAGAAAUUCUUCAAGUUGAACAAAAAUAUAACAAACUUCGACAACCAAAUUAUAAAAAACAUUUAAUCAGCAAAAUUCCAUCAUUUUGGAUAAGUGUUUUUCUUAAUCAUCCUCAAUUAUCAAGUUAUUUAGAUCAAAAUGAUGAAAAUAUUUUACAAUAUCUUAAACGUGUUGAUGUUGAAGAACAUGAUGAUAUCAAAUCAGGUUAUCGCAUUAAAUUUACAUUUGAUACAAAUCCAUAUUUUGAAAAUGAUAUUAUCAUUAAAGAAUUUAGUGUAACCGAAUCAAGUGAAACAACAUGUAAAUCAACACCAAUUCGAUGGAAAAAUGAAGCUAAAAAUGGUCAAACAGCAAGCAGUAGUAGCAGUAAGAAAAGUGAAGGUGAAACACGUAAACGUACUCAUGAUACAGAAAAUAAUAAUAAUGAACAUGGAGCUUUCAUGGCAUGGUUUACAGAUACAAAUGGUGAAGCAGGUAAUGAUGAAUUUGGUGAAGUUAUUAAAGAUGAUAUUUUUGUUAAUCCUCUUCAAUAUUAUUUGGCUGCAACAACAAAUGAUGAAGAAGAAGGUAGUGGAGGAGAAAAUGAUGAAGAAGAUGAUCUCGAAGUAGGAUUUAAUUCGGAAAGAAAAUCAACGAAAUUAUUUUUGAUUUUUUGUCAAUUUUAG